AUGCUGUUAUUGUUGCCGCUUCUUUGGGGCACAUGGGUUGGGAUCCUGGGUCGUGCCUGUCUUGGGUUACCGACAACGGGGCUUGCAUUCACAGAUGCGCUCAAACAUGAUGGCUACAUAGUCGCCAUCUACAGUUUCGGAAUGGGAGCAGCUGAGAUAUUCGUAUCGACGGCACUCGUGCUAAUAUUAUUAUCCGUUCCCGAUAUGGCCACCAUUAAGCCGACAACCGAUCAGUCACUGCUCAUCACACCAAGCAGAAUCGUGGUCGUUAUUACUGGAUUUCUAAUGGGUAUGGGAGAUUUCACUAUCACCAUGGGUCGAGCGGUGAUCUGUCAAGUGGCCGUGCCUAAUGCUCGCAUGCAAGUCUUCUCCAUGAGUCGACUUUAUCAGGAGAACAUCCCAUCUACGAAAACGACUCACCAGCCCGUAUAG